AUGAAUGACGUGCUCGAGGAAUGCCGCCAACGGCAGGAGGACGAGAUCGUCGCUUUGGAGUCCAUCUUUGCUUUUCCUGAAGGCAGCGAUGAGGAUGCGGGCGAAGGCUCAAGGCCGGCUGAGCCAAGAGUUAAGUUGAUACAGAGAGACCCGGAACCCGUCCUAGAGCUAUACCUUCCGAUCACAUUGCCACGACCCACUCGAAUCCUCGUAGACACGUACGCAUACGACACACAUCAAACCACGGGAGCGUUUCCUCCCGCACGCAACGAAAUCAAUAGUUUCACAACACCGCCGAAACAACUAGCACCUGUAGCAAGGGACUUGACAACAGCACCGCCGGCAGCGAAGGGCAAGCAGCGUAAUGGCAGGAAUCGAGCUCGCAAAGAUGGUCACCUCAAUGCAGGUGCAAACGUCUUUCAGCCAGGCGGAAGCGCUUCAGCGAAGAACUCUGAAGUGGGUCGAACAACGUCGCUUUCAUAUCAUGCAUCUACUGCGUCAAUAGAAGAGGCAGUCGAUGCUGUCGGACGGAUCAGCCUGCGGUCUGAGUCUCCUGCAGGCCCUUCAACCGGCAACGGACUCUCAUCCAACCCGCCAGCACAACGCUCUCGGCCACGAACGACAAAGCAACUUCCAGCCCUCUCUCAUCUAGCACCCAUUACUUUGAAGGUCCGCCUGCCUUCUACUUACCCAUCUGAGCAACCACCUAUCGUCGAAAUACUCACAGCGCCAUGGCUUCCCACGAACAUACAGCGCAAACACUCCUCUCUCACCUGGCUCCAGCAAAAGCUCGACGAACAGUAUCAUGAGAUGGCUGGCCUGGAAGUACUUUACAUUUGGGCGACCUAUAUCUCCGAAGGCUUAUGGAUUCAGCUCCUCGAAGACCAGCCCUCUCCAGAGGACGUCCCACCUUUUCUUCAGCCACCAGACUUAUCAGCAUCUGACACGACAGAAGCAAAGCUACGCUUCGAGGAGCACCUCGAGACACCGGACGACCGACCACGGCUCGCAGCACAACUCCUCUCACAUUCACGACUGUGCAGCCGCACUACUUUUGAUGCUUCCUCAUUCGACUGCGCCAUCUGUCUUGAGACACGCAAAGGCCGCGCUUGCACACGGCUCACCGGUUGUGGUCAUGUCUUCUGUUCAGAGUGCCUCGCAGGCUAUCUCUCGAGCUUGGUCGAUGAUGGAUACCACCGUCAAGCGAAGCGCUGCCCUAACCCGGAGUGCGUCACGCUGUGGAGCGAGAGAGAGAAACAGAAUCAGGUAGAUCAGGAGGGCAAUCUUCUUAUGAGUCCUUCCAGCAAGCCCAAACCUCGAUCGCCACAGCCUUUCUCCAGAGACAAUAAUACUGCACAGAACGGGGACGCAGGAGCAGACAGCGAGCCAGCAGUAGUAGUCGGACUCGUGACCCGUGACGAACUGCACUCCAUCCUCGGCCCAUCCCGCCUGGCACGCCUCGAAGAGCUCACAGUCAAAGCCAAAAUGGAAGCUGAUCCUUCCGUCUCCUACUGUCCACGCUCUGGCUGUCAAGCCGCCGUCGUCCGCCUCUCUACAGAUGAGAACUCCGGUCACUGGGAACGAUUCCGCGAAUGUCUCUUCUGCGGCUUCGCCUUCUGUGCGUGGUGUUCACGUUCCUGGCAUGGCCUGACCUCAUGCCCCGUCUCGUUCCAAUCCGAACUCAUUCGACGGUACCUUUCCCUCCCCACCUCUUCACCCGAGCGUAGGGUCAUGGAGCAGAAGUUCGGCCGCAAAACAUUAGAGACUAUGGUCCGCAAAUACGAAGAAGAGCAACAAACCCAACAGUGGCUCAGCGACUACACCACCCCCUGUCCCACCUGUGGAAUCGCCAUCGAGAAGAGCUAUGGUUGUAAUCAUAUGACUUGCAAGAGCUGUCAGACGCAUUACUGCUAUUUGUGCGGGAAGGCGAUUUCAGCUCAGAAUCCUUAUGGGCAUUUCAAUACGCCAGGGUACGAGUGCUACCAUCGACUGUUUGAUGGUUUGUUGGGUGAUCAGGAUCCUCGGCGGCAAGAGCAUGGACAACAGGGAGAGAGAGGUGGAAAUGAAGCGAGAGACAGGGGCCACGAAGAUGGAGGGCCUGGAUUUGCGCUGUUAAUGGACGAGAAUGGCAUCCCAAUACAUCUGCUGGAGGAGGAGGAACAGAUCAAUUUUUUGGCUUGGCAGCAAUUUGGCUGA